CCAUGGUAUCCUUUGAAAAUUCUUGUUUAUUUCGCAUAUUUUGCAUAGGAGUACAAUAACGAAGGACACUUGUUGAUAGUAGUCGAUAUCACCCAUACCCGAUCGGGUGGUUGGAUAGCAAAACCAAACGCCUAGUUAAUACAUAUAUAGAGAGGGAUCUGAGUGAAAAUCAUGCACUUCAUGUUUUGAAAAAAAAAAUCGGUUUCUGUUUCGAACGUAGCGUUCAAUUCUAUUUUAGUGAAAAGGGGUUCCAUACAUAUGCGAUAAAACACAUUCAUAGUAUUUCUACAUUUGGUUUACUACUGAAAUAUUUGCGUUAUCCUUUUCCAGUGAUAGUAUACAAUAUCUAGAAAAAGUACCAUUCAUGACAAAUCGAUUAUCAAGUGUUUGUUUCCAUGACUCUGUAUCACCAAAGGUGUAUCGUUUCAACAGCUACGGUUUGGUGUUGGAAUGGAAAGUCAAUAAGAUAUACAUACCCUUUCUCACUUGCUCUCAUAUAAGUAUUCCAUAGCACCUUCUAGAUUUAUUCCAUUGAUGCAGAAGUCAGUAACUUCUCAACACAAUUCCUAUUAGGAAGUUUUCCAUUUAGAAGAUUUAUCAGUCGAAAAGUGUGUCAUCAGUGAAACGCAUUAAUAUUGUUAAGGUCAAGAAACGGCCAAACUUUUCAUAUCGUGUCAGAAUGAGUAAAACAGCAGUGGGAAUUUUGGGCGGUGACGAUGAGCUCCUACAGAGCUUCGUCCGCGUGGGACUCCAAUCUGAAGGGGACGACGGUCAGCAGAUACAAAGUCUUAUUUCAGCUGGAGGCAGUGGCAGUGGUGGUGGUAGUGGUAGUUCCGGUACACCUGGUACUACCGAGUCCCAUCGGAUGAGCCACCCGAAAAUCGAGACACAUUUAGUGCGACAGCACUCUGACCAUAUGUCGGAUUUUAGUGAUAAAAAUGCUACCCGAAAGUACAGAAAUCUAUUUAACGAACCUAUAGAUCUGAAAAAACGCCGGUACUUCGACGAGGUAUACACGGAUAAGGAUCGUGCAGCUGCUGUUAGCAUCGGAAGCUAUGACAUAAAACAGAAUCUCCUCAACAAACGUCGUGCUGAGAGACAUGAAGCUUUGCAGUUACCAGAACAGGCGGAUCCAGGUGCUAUACUGGCACUUGGAAUGCGUGAGAUUAAAAACAGAAACCUGGACAAUGCCGUUCAUUUUCUUUCCAAGGCUUUGGAUAUGAACAACAAUGACCAAAGUGCGUUGGUAGCUAGAAGCAAAUGCUACCUUCAGCUUGGUGAACCUGCUAAAGCUCUACAAGAUGCAGAAACAGCAUUACUUUUGGAUAAAACUAAUAUAAGAGCUAUUUAUCAGAAAGCCGAAGCCUUGUAUUAUUUGGGUCAAUUCGAGCAUAGCUUGAUGUUUUUUCAUCGUGGAUUGAGAUUACGUCCUGAACUUGCAAGUUUUCGAUUAGGCGUUCAAAAGACACAGGAAGCAAUUGAAAACACCAUUGGGAGUAAUACUAAAAACAUACCACAGAAAAAAAUGCCCAAAGUAGACAAGCCGAAAACUGCAAAGAAAGCUCCACUUACGAGAGAAGAGAUGGACAAAAGAGCCGCUCGGCGUUUACUAGGUGAUCUCUACGUUGAUAAGGAAUACUUGGAAAAUCUUCUCAAACAUCCGGAUCUUAAAAAAGCUGAUACUAAUACCGAAGGAGUUUCUGAAUUUGUCAAAGAUGCAAUUAAUUUUCUAAACAACAGACAAGAGUUCUGGCGUCAACAGAAACCUUGCACUAGUUUGAAUGCCAAGAAAAUAGAUGGACAUAACGGUGGAUUACCGAGAUGGUGAGAAUCUAAUAUUGAAUCCAACUUAAUUGAGGAACGAUCAUGUUUCUUAGUACCAGAAUAAAGUUUAUUUACUAAUGCACGCAGUAAAACAAAGAAUUUAUUAGCUUUUAACUAUAAUUCAGAAAAAUCAAUAAUUCAAAUUUUCCAGAAGCUUGUAGGAUGCAUUUAGAAAUGUUGAAUACAUUGAAUAAUUUACUAAA